CAUACAAUUUGUGGGAGUAAAAUUUUCUUGUAUAAAUUCUCUCUCCUCUUCUCUAUGACUCUAUCCCCACCAGCCUAGAAGAAGGAACCAUCCCAUUUCAGAUUCUCUUUUAAGGCUGCUGCUCUUCUGUUCUUCUUUACUCCUGCCACUCACUCUUUUUUCUCCAACUGAUUUUCUGCAAAAAAGUUAUCAUUUUCAGGAAAAAAUGUAUGCAGAAACAGGUUUAAUGUAUCCAUAUUUCCAGAAUUUCUCUCAUGAAAUUCAUCCAUUAGAGGAGCUUUGUUGUUACUCUCAAGAACCCACUUCUUCACUGGAUAGCAUCAUCACAAGCUCUACCAUUUCAGACUAUGACUUGGGAGGUGAAGGGGACCUCUUCAAAGCACCCGAACCCAUAAUUGAAGAGCCAAUCGGGAGCCUCGAUCCCAUGUCAGCGGCUAUUGCGAUGAUAUCUUCUGUGGAAGAUUCAGGCCUCAAAGUUAGUGACAUGGAAUCCCUGCAAAAUGAGCAGUUUUUGUGUGAUGUUUUCGACGGUUGUGAGAAUGAACUGUUGGCGAAAACUACAUCAGGAGAAUCAACUGUCUCUGAUGUUAUGGACAUCAAGUUUCCUCUCAUGAUGACAAAUGAAGUCCAGACUGAAGAAAACAAACCGGUUCCCGCUUUGCCGUUUCCAAAAUGUGGUAGCUCGGGUUCCUUAAACUCAAUGGAAUGGGUAAGUAGCACAACAAUCAGGCCGAAUUUCUUAGAUUUUCCUGAAAUGGAUUUUGGAGCUGCUUAUGGGAUGAGGAGGGCGUUCAGUGAAGGAGAUAUAAAGGCUCUCGCGAAUGGAAACGUUAGUCUCGUCCAAUCUACUCUCCAGCGGCCACUUCUGAUUGGCAAUUGCACCUCUGAAGAUCGCCUGCAGAAGCUUUCUAGAUACAGAAACAAGAGAUCAAGGAGGAACUUUGGCCGGAAAAUCAAGUAUGCUUGCAGGAAGGCACUAGCUGACAGUCAGCCAAGGAUCCGCGGAAGAUUUGCAAAGACUGAAGAUGCUGAUUCCAAGAAGUAAAUGAGUAAAAAUCAACAACAGAUCUUAACGAGCAAAUGUAGGAAAGAACAUAGAGAUAGACUUUGGGAAAAAAUAACGGUCUUAGAAUCCCGGUAGUGGUCUAAAGGCAUAGCAUCUAUCAAGUACUCAGUAUAUGAUACAACACCCCAUAUAUCAGGGUUUUGCCUAAUAACUGUAAGACCACUAACCCUUGAAGAAAAAAAAAAGAAGGAAAAAGUACUUAGGUAAUUCUCUUAAUUGCUGUGAUAAAAGUUUCUUUUCUAGUUUUAGCAUAAUUAGCUGCUUAGCUUAGAGUUGUAAAUAGGGAAUGAAAUAAGGUUUUAUGAUGCUAAUACCCUGUUGCUAUCAGCGUCGCGUGUAACGGUAAAAAAUGAAAAUGUCUGUUGUUACUGUUA